AUGAAUCAAUCAAUGAAUCCACCACUCCAGUGCUCCUACGCAGCCAUAUCCAGCCCGCCUAGCAACACCCUGCAAAGCGGAGAAAUGAGAAAGAGCAUGAGCAUGAGCGUGGAGGAAUACUGCCACCUCCCAUUGAUAGACCUCCAUCAUCUGAGAAGUGAUGAUGAAAAGGAGAGGUUCGCUUGUCGUUCAGCUAUAUCGAGAGCUUCAUCUGACUGGGGAUUCUUUCAAGUAGUAAACCAUGGCAUAAGUACUGAGCUACUUAAGAAUAUGCCAAGAGAACAAGGGAAGUUGUUUCAAACACCUUUCGAGAGGAAAGCUACCAAUGGUCUUCUAAAUAAUUCAUAUAGAUGGGGAUCCCCAACUGCUACUUCUCCCACCCAAUUCUCCUGGUCCGAGUCUUUCCACAUUCCUCUCUCUCAAAUUUCCCAACAACCCUGCUUCACCGGGUUUACCUCUUUAAGGGAAGUGAUGAUGGACUUUUCGGCAUCCAUGUCGAAGCUAGCCAAGUUGCUUGCAGGAGUCCUAGCAGAGAACCUGGGUCAUUCAACCGCAGUGUUUGAAGACAAAUGCCACGAAAGCAAUAGCUUCCUUCGGUUAAAUCACUACCCACCUUGUCCAAUAUCUUCUGAGGUUUUUGGUCUAGUGCCCCACACUGACAGCGAUUUCCUCACAAUUCUUUAUCAAGAUGAAGUUGGUGGACUCCAACUUAUGAAGGAUUCCAAAUGGGUUGCUGUCGAGCCUAAUCAAGAUGCUCUAAUCGUUAACAUUGGAGAUCUUUUUCAGGCAUGGAGCAAUGACGUGUACAAGAGUGUGGAGCACAAAGUGAUGGCCAAUAGAACGAAGGAGAGAUACUCAAUUGCCUACUUCCUCUGCCCUUCAUAUGACACCCUCAUAGGGAGUUGUAAAGAGUCAUCUAUAUACAGAGACUUCACUUUCGGAGAGUUUAGAAAACAAGUUCAAGAGGAUGUCAAGAAAACUGGUCACAAAGUAGGCCUUCCAAGAUUCUUACUUCAGAACACAUGUUAAAUCAUUAACUAUAUUAUCCACAUCUUCCCUCAGCAGAGAUAGCAUACAUGAAGACUUGAGCAACAAAUUUACUGUGACUGAUUCUUGAAGCCAAACCCUAUAAAUAAAUCCGAAGAAUUAAAUUUAUCUCUGUAGAGGAAAACCCACGUGAUCCCUCACCCCUGACUUCAGCAAACAAAAUGAGUUCGUUCUUAUCGGAAGAAUCAAGCAAGUAAUAGGCAUACACCGGUCUACAUGGCCAUGGAAAAAAAUUAACCAAAUGUUGAGUUUAGUAGAUUAACUCCUGCAGUAGAGAAACUAUGUUAGGCUGUCAAACAUGGCUAUCCUAUUCCUAAUUAAACAACAGACGAGUAAGUACUUUGCUAACAAAUCUGUCAAA